AUGAACUCACAAGAAAAUACUUCGGUGAUUUUAGAUCCUCCAACUACAAAAUUACCUACCACAACACGUACCGCGGGCGGCAGAAUAAGUUUGGAAGACAUGCUGACCGAUUUAAAGAAAAAAUGGAAAAAUAUAAAAGAUCACUAUAGAAAGGAAUUAAAAAAAUAUCCUGCUCCUCGAUCAGGAGAUGCCGGAUAUGUUAAUCAAUCCUCGAAUUGGCAAUACUUUUCUCAAUUGAGUUUUUUGCGAGAUGAAAUUCUACCAAAUGUUACUGAGGGUAAUUUAAGCAGCACUGAAACAAGUAAUCAGAUAAGUAAAGAUUCUAUUGCGAUAGAAGACAUCUCUGUAGAAAAUUCUCAAGAAAAUACAACCGGUCGUGAUGAAGAAGCUUCUAUUCAUCCACAACAAGCUUCUACAUCCUCACAAGGAGCUUCUAUAUCUUCACAAGAAUCUACAUCAUCGCAAGAAGCUUCUACACCUUCAAGAGAAGCUUCUACUUCACAACGGUCAAGGAAAAAGAAAACAGCGAAUGACAUAAGGACUGAAUUUUUAGAAUUGGAAAAGAAAAGGAUAAGACUGUUGGAAAAUGAUUUAUCAAAUCAAAGUAGAAACGAGACUUCUAGACAUGAAAAUAAGUCAGACGACUACUACUUUUUUAUGAGUUUGCUUCCACAAAUGGAAAAAUUCACGCCAGUACAAAAGUAUAGAGUGAGACAAAAAAUUAAUCAAGCUCUUCUAGACGAGAUAAGUGUAAAUGAAGAAAUGUACCCUUCUAAUGAAUAA